AUGACCUUCAACCGACCUCGGGGACGCGACACCUUCUCCGCGGCGUUUGAGAGCCGCCUGCGUAUCGUGCCGCUGACGCAGAUGUCUGACCUGUACGCUCCCAUCGACGUCUCACUCCUCACUGCGGUCAACGCCGACGACCCGACGAGCAGCGCGGGCAACCCACUCGAGAAGAAGAAGUACAUGGCAGGCGACGCACGCAUGCGGAAGGUGGUGGAGGACAAGCAGCGAGCCGAGGCAGCGCUGCGUGAGAAGCGCGACUGGCACCUGCUUGUUGUGGACCCCAUUGAGCUCCGUAUGGUCCCGGCACCGCUGCCGUUUCCGAGUCCGCAUCCGGCGUACUACCACGACUGGACCACCAUGGAAGGCGAGCGACGGUCGUCCUCUCAGGUGCUAGAGCGCCGCCCCACUGUGGAGUUCGGCAUCCCCAUACCGGACGCACCGGCAGAGACGACCAGGACAGGCACCGGGGUCGCAGUUGCUGCUGCUGCUGCUACGGACGUCGCCGACGGCACCGUCGCCAACGUUGACGCAUCCGGGCCACUUGCCUUCUUCUACCCCUCGGGCAACCGCCGUCACCUGCAGCAGAACGGUGAUACGACGCUCUUGUCCGGUGUGCAGGUACGGCAGACGACGCUGAGCAUACCGAGUUCAACUUCUACCGCGGCUCAGCUGCUUCCUUCAUUGCCGCAGACAAUUCGCCAGCACAUCCACACCGCCGUCUGCGUCGACCCGGACAUCAGCCACGACCGCUUUCACCGCGAGGAGGCUCAGGUGGAGAUGAUCUCGGCGUACCGUAACAUUCUUUACGAGGCUUUUGAGCUGGGGCUCGCAUCGUCAUCAGCGUCGUCCGCGUCUGCCGGGGGCAGCCUGCGGCGGACGGCGGUGACGCAGGGGGGCGUGCCGUUUGUGGCAGAUGUGGUGCGCGUGCCGGCGCUGUGCCACUACUCCUGCGGCCGGCGCUUUCUUCACGAGCUGGGCAAGUUGAACCAGCAGGCUGUCGUGAAAGGGUUCCAUCGGCUGAGCAACGAGGCAAAGGAGGCGCUCAUCAUGAACCGAAGCUUCACUGUGGAGAUCUACGUGCCACCGAUGCUUCUGGAGCAGUUCGAGCGCGCCUUCCUCGAGGAGCCGUGGGAGGUGCCACUUUCGACGCUGAAUCCCGGCCGCACGGCGCUGUACCCGGGUCUCGCGCCGCCGCGGUCCUUGCUGGAGUACGAUGGGUGGGUCGGCAAGCGGCCAGAGUUGGUGGAGGGCGUUGCAACACAGGGGAAGAGCCUCCUGCGCGGUACGAAGGUCGGGCUGGACGGGCGGCUGAUUGAAGAGCGCGAGGUUCUGGCGAGCCUUCGCGUAUUUGGCGCCCGCGAGGAGCAGCAGCAGAUGCUGGAGGGAGAGCGGAAGACUGCGGCAGAGCAGCUCGGUGUGCCACUACAGCCGACGUACGCGCCUCUGCACGCUGGCUUGCUGGCGGACGUGGAGCCCCAUGGAAGCGACGCGCUCCCUCAAACGCCGUCCGGAAGUUACGCCGACGGAGACCCAGCAGCAGUGACGGCGAGCGCUGCUGAGAGCGCCAAGUGA